ACUCUCUCGGGGUUAAAAGGGAAGGCCUGGCCAGGGGUCCCUGGCAGAGGAUUCCGGCGGCCCACGCGGCAGGGCAGAGGUACUUCUGGGUCUCCCGCUUUCUUCCCCUCGGCGACUCCCAGGUCCUAGGCCAUGAGAUCCCCGCACCUCCACCUCUCCGCCACCUCGGGCGCCCGGGCCCUGGCGAAGCUGCUGCUGCCGCUGCUGACGGCGCAACUCUGGGCCGCGGAGGCAUUGCUGCUCCCCGUAAACGACACGGGCUCGGACCCCGUGGCCUCCGGCGCCCCUUGCGCGCGCGGCUCGCAGCCCUGGCAGGUCUCCCUCUUCAAUGGCCUCUCGUUCCACUGCGCGGGCGUCCUGGUGGACAAGAGUUGGGUGCUCACGGCCGCGCACUGCGGGAACGACAAGCCGCUGUGGGCUCGAGUGGGAGAUGACCACUUGCUGCUUCUCCAGGGCGAGCAGCUCCGCCGGACCACUCGCUCCAUCAUCCACCCCAAGUACCACCAGGGCUCGGGCCCCCUCCUGCCAAGGCGGACGGACGAGCACGACCUCAUGCUGCUGAAGCUGGCCAGGCCCGCUGUGCUGGGGUCUCGCAUCCAGACCCUACGCCUGCCCUACCGCUGUGCCCAGCCUGGAGACCAGUGCCAGGCCGCUGGCUGGGGCACCACGGCCGCCCGAAGAGUGAAGUACAACAAGGGCCUGAGCUGCUCCAGGGUCACUAUCCUGAGCCCUAAAGAGUGUGAGGUCUUCUACCCUGGUGUGGUCACCAGCAACAUGAUAUGUGCAGGACUGGAGCGGGGCCAGGACCCCUGCCAGAGUGACUCGGGUGGUCCUCUGGUCUGCGACGAGACCCUGCAGGGCAUCCUUUCCUGGGGCGUUUACCCCUGCGGCUCUGCUCAGCAGCCAGCUGUCUACACUCAGAUCUGCAAAUAUGCCUCGUGGAUAGAGAAAACCAUACGCUCCAACUGACCCAGACGCCUUGCAACUCCUUCGCCAUCUGCUCCUUUCCUUCCUCCUUCCUACGCAGUUGGCUGGACUCUGCCCCUGCCCCGCUCAGAUCUCUGCCGUCCAUCCGCACCUGCUGACAUCUCUCUGCUUCCCCAUCCCCCACCCUGCCCGCUGCUGUUCGCUGCCAGCAUUGAAGCUGCAGGGCAGAAAGUGUUGGCAAUGUUUUGUUCCAGAGAAACGAGGAAGCCUGUAGUCACUUAGUCUCUGAGAGAAUUUGUCAGUCAUCCAACCUGGCUUCCUCUACCACUCCCUGCUGUGUGACUUUGGGCAAACCAA